UUCCCUUCACUUUCUCACACCCAAUUCACUCACAAGUCACAACAUAGAUCGCUAGUGAAACAGUAUCUCCUAAACAAAGAAUGGCUUCAAGAACCACAAGCUCCAUAGCCCUUGUCUUGGCUCUCAAUCUGCUCCUUUUCACAACAAUCUCCGCCUGCGGUAGCUGCACUCCGUGCGGUGGAGGUUGCCCCUCUCCCAAGCCAAAGCCAACCCGUAAACCUAAACCAACCCCAAGCCCUAGCUCUGGCUCAAGCAAGUGCCCUAAAGACACCCUCAAGCUCGGUGUCUGCGCUAAUGUGCUCAACGGCCUCCUGGACUUAACCCUUGGCAAGCCACCAGUCGAGCCAUGCUGCAGCCUCAUCCAAGGACUCGCCGAUGUUGAAGCAGCCGUUUGCCUCUGCACCGCCCUUAAGGCUAACGUUCUUGGAAUUAACCUGAACCUCCCAAUCUCUCUAAGUCUGCUCCUCAAUGUUUGCAGCAAACAGCUUCCUCCAGGCUUCCAAUGCGAAUAACCAUAUUGAUAUAUAAUUUAAACACACUUAUGUGUAUAUUUUAUCGUCUUGUUUGAAAGAGACAAGGUGAAUCUAUAUACUCUUAUUAUUGUGUCUUUAUAUAUUUUACUUGGUGAUUUCUUCUAUUCUUCUUGUUAUGGUGUUCACUGGAGUCUUUUUGUCUCUUUCGGUGUGGUCCGUAAGAUUCUUGAAAUUUUACAGUUUUAUUAUUUUCCGUUACUCUUAUUGGGGAUAUUGCUAUAUUGGUUUGUAUUACGAUUCUAUGAAUUAAUAAAGCAUUAAAAUUUUAUUUUAUGCA